GCAACAAUAACAGCGACCCUUAACAGACGAAUUAAUCUCUUCCUGCUCGCAACUUGCAGUUCUGUGUGUGCGGCCAAGGCCUUAUUUUAAGCAAGAUGGACAAACGAAUGCAGUCAUCUUCGUUUGUCAUACUAUUAACACAGAAAAGGCUGCUAGAGCUUUAGCAGUUACCCUUAUUUUUAGGGGUUGAUUUGAAGAGAGAAAAAAAAAGAUAACAAAGACCAAAACGAAUUUUAGAAAUACUGAAAAACUGAAACAACCUUACCAUCAAAUAAGAUUGCUCAGAGAGUGUCAUUCAUGUACCUAUCACCAUGUUUGAAGGAAUAAUUGCAAAUUUUAUCAAUUCCUUCUUUGGGAAGUACAUUAAAGACUUGGAUUCCACAAAACUUAAUUUUGUGAUACAUCAAGGUAAUGUUGAAUUAACAGAUUUACAGUUAAAGGCAGAAGCCUUGUAUGAAUUUGGAUUACCUGUUGAAGUAAAAGGUGGAUGUGUGGGAAAAAUCAACUUGAGCAUUCCUUGGACCAAACUAUUCUCUUCUAGCUGGAUCGUUACAAUUGAGGAUCUCUAUGUUCUUGCUGGACCUGUUAUUGAUCGUCCUUAUGACCCAGUCAAAGAGAAAUUGCAUGAAAAUGCAGCCAAACGUAAAAUAUUGGAUGCAUUUGAAAAAUCCGCCAUGAAAAAUGUUGUUGGUGCUGUAGAAAAGGCUCCUGGAUUUUUGGAAAAAUUUACAACCUAUGUUGUUAACAACAUUCAAUUAUCCAUAUCCAGUGUUCAUUUUCGUUAUGAAGACACGGUCACCAAUGUGGAUCGUCCAUUUGCUUGUGGUUUUAUGCUUAAAAAUAUCUCUGCUCAAAGCACCGAUUCCCGUUGGCACCCAACAAUUCUUGACAGCUCUGAUACAUUAUUACACAAACUUGCCCAAUUACAAGACCUUUCAGUGUAUUGGAAUCCCUACUUGCCUGAAAAUCAUCUUGUUCGAUCACGACUAAACACAGACGAGUGGAGAAAUCUUCUCAAGUCAUCCAUUGAUACACACAAAAUAUUUGAGGAAGAUGCAGAGUUUAUUAUGAAACCCAUCUCUGCUCAUGCCAAAGUGAUACUGAAUAAAAAUGGAGGGUUCAAAGUUCCUAAGAUAUUUUCAGACCUAUCUCUGGAAGACAUUGAAGUUAGAUUUUCACGGCAACAGUUACUGAAUAUGAUUAAUUUAGUUGAUUCCUUCCAAAUGAUGGCUGUCAACAGAAAGUACCGCAAAUACCAUCCAAAUGUUCCAUUGAAGGUGAGCCCACAAGCAUGGUGGAUUUAUGCUUACAAUGCAAUUCUUGAAGAAAGAAUUCGACCUUUCUCCUGGGAAAGAAUUUUGAAACACAGGACAAAUUACAAAAAAUACAAGGACUUAUACAAGAAACAUAUUGAAUUUCCAAUUGACGUAUCUUUCAAGGAUAAAUUAUUGGAAGUAGAAGAAAGUUUGGACAUUUUCAACAUAUUCCUUGCAAGAGAACAUGCUAAGCUUGAGCUGAAGAAAACAGAAAAUGAAAAAGUCACAAAACCAGAAAAGAAAAAAGGCUGGCUUAGUUGGAUAUUUGGUUCCGAGGAGGAUUCUGAUUAUGAAAAUGAUAAAACCGACUGGUUUUCUAAACUUUCUAUUGAUGAGAAGGAACAGCUCUACAGAGGUAUCGGAUAUGACGAGAAUGCCAACAUAUAUGAUAUACCCCGUGAGUAUAUUGCCUACAAAGUCCAGAUCAACUUGAAGAGCUGCUGCUGUUCAUUGGUGAAAUACAGUAAGAGGGUUCUUCAGAUGUCAAUGACGCAGUUUCGUUCCUCCUUAGACUACAGACCAGGCAGUGAAUCUUGCAGAGUUUCCUGUAACACAGAGAGCUUCUCGAUAGAAGGUGUUUCUAUGGAGCAUGAGUUGAUUCCUAUUCUGACAUCAGAUGUUGGAGUCUAUGCCCCUUCAGUGAAUCAAAUAUUUACAUUAGAAUUUGAGACGAAACCUUUGUAUGUGGAGGCUGACUAUUCCCUAAAACUCAAUGUUCAGCCGGUGGAAAUGGUGUAUGAUGAGCAUUCUCUAUCAGAAUUGACCGCAUUUUUCCAAUUUCCUAAUCUAAGAGCCGAAAUGAAGAAUUCAGCAGUUGAAAGUCUCCAACAAGUUAUCUCUUACAGUCGCCUGAGUUUACAAUAUGCCAUUCAACAACACAAGACAAUACAUGUGUCUGUGAAUAUGAGAUCACCUUACAUGGUCAUACCAGAAUAUGGAUCAUUGCAGAAAGGUGGCUAUGUAUUGAUUGUUGACUUUGGUACAUUGACUCUGGAGAGUGAAUUACAGCCCAAAAAUGUUUCCCUCGAGAAUAACUUCGAGAAAUGGUGUCAGGAUGCAACAAUGUCUGAAAUAGAAUCCCGUCUGUAUGAUCAGUUUACGAUAAAGAUAAAUGAAGUUAAAAUACUUCUGGCUGAUUCAGGUGACGACUGGCACACCUUUCAGACUGAACCCGACUCACUCUACCACAUCUUGCCCAGCACCAAAAUGUUGAUGACUUUAUUUAACAGUGUCAAGCCAGAUUACAAGCAACUACCUCAACACAAACUUGUUACCACACUUCCCUCCAUCAAAGUGAACAUAUCUGAUGAGCGUCUGCUAACACUUGUGGCAUUUUGCAACCAUUUCCCUAUUCCUGGCAGUUCCAGUAUGAUUACAAUUGUUGAAGACUCUGUCGAUGGCAAUACAUUGAAUUGCCAUCCAGAACUGGACAAGAGACAAAUUCAGCCAGACACAGAAAUACCAUUACUAAAACUGGUACGAAACAGUGUAUUAGGUAGGGCUGUUGUUCACAAAUGCCCAGAAACAGUUCCUGAUGGAAUUUCUCCAGCUGAGGAACCUAACAGAGAAAAUAGUCCAGAAGAAUAUUUUGGUUCAGCUUCUGAGAAUUCAGACGAAGAAUUACCAUUACGUCACAAAACUUGUGACAUCAAAUCUGUCGAUGACCAUUCUUCAGCUUCAAACACCAUAAAAGUCCUGACAAGGAUCGUUCUUAACGAAGCUGUUUUACAAUUAUCAAAGAAGAUCGACAGACGAGAGUCUCCUUACCUGAUGUUCCGAAUCAACAAAUUAUAUGUAGAUAGUGCAAUAACAGUGUAUGGAAUGGUCGUCAAUGCCAGUCUUGGUGGCAUUGAACUAGUGGAUAAAAUUCAUAUUGGACCAUCUGGAGAAUAUCUUGAAUUGAUACGAAGUAAAUCCAAUGAUAACUUGGUAUCCAUCACUUAUAGAAUGACUGAUCCCAAAUGUCCUGAUUUUGGUGUCUAUGGCUAUGUAAUACAAGGGGUACAAUUAAAGAUGGACACCAUUUCAUUUUUUCUCCACCAAGUUGGUAUAACACAUCUAAACACAUACAUGACACGUUUGAUAAACAGCAUAAAUGAAAAGAAAAUGAAAACAAGCACAACAAGUAGCAUUUCCAACUCGGAUUCCUUGGAGGACUUCGGAAUUCUACAACCUCUGACGCGGAUGGUUUCUGUUACUACCACAGAUGAUGUUCCAGACAAUUUGGUAAAAUUCAGCUUUUGUGCAGCUAUCAAAGAUGUCAACUUCAAAGUCUGUGAUUCUGAAAACGACAUUGCUGACAUCCAUAUCCUUGAUCUUGAGUCUCAGGUCCUGAUGAAAUCAAACAAGACAUUAGUGUUUUGUGGUUUGAAAGACCUGAAUAUGAAAGACUGUUCACCUGGUGCUAUUUACCCAAAUAUCAUAAUGCUUGAAAAGUCAAACCUAUUUGAACUGGAGUUUAUAUACUACAAUAAGAUUCAUGGGAAGAAUAAAAAGAAUCCAGAUUACAAAAUCCGGUUACGUGUUGGUCAACUUCAAGUUGUGUGCCUCGCAAAAUUUUUCUGGGACCUCACUAGGUUUUUUGAACCAAUUGUUACUCCAACCCUUAUUGAUGAGACUGGUGCUGCUGUCUCAAGAACCGUCACUAAAAAUAUGAACCGUAUGAAGCUGCAUCAUGUACACACCAGUUUCAACUUUGAUGUGUAUGCUCCAAUAUUACUGAUUCCAAAACAUUCCAAAUCAACUGACCUACUGUACAUACGUCUUGGCUAUCUGAAACUGAGAAACUUUUUCGAAAUAACAAAAGAACCAGACCAAGAAUGGAACCAUAUCUUCCUCACACUCAGUUCCAUCAAAAUUAGCAGAGCUGAGUUAUCAUUAGCUGAUGAUGUCUACAACAUAGUGCAGGACAUCUUAGACCCCGUAAACCUGAAAGCUGAUAUAAAAAAUGCCCUUUAUCCACUGUCAGCAAAAGUCCACUAUGAUAUCUCAGGACAACUGGACUUAGUGAAGAUUCACCUGAUCCAAAAAGACAUCCAAUCAAUCCUGGGUAUUUAUCAUGAAAACCUCAUGGAAGGAGCCCCAUCACUGUCUCCUGUUGCCGGUUACCAUUUUCCACCCAAAGAAUCAUCCCAGAUGGCAUCAAGUACAUUAAGUACUGGCUCUCAGGAAUCCUUAAAGAAUAUGCCAAAAUCAGCCAUCAAUUUGAACUUUACCAUGGAUGGUAUUGUUGUUUGUUUAGUAGAACAGAAGUCCACAGAGUUGGGUUUCCAGAAACAAGGAUUGAGUCGGUUCCAGAUGGGACGUGUAACUAUCAAAAGAAAUCAGCUGAUUGAUGGAUCCGCUGAAGGUUCAUUACAAGUGAAAUGGUUGAUGAUUGAUGACAUCAGUCCAGACAGCAAAGCCAUUGUUAAAAGAGUACUGAAAAUUGUGAAGAAUAAAAGUAAUUCUGAAAUGCAAGACACUCCUGUAUUUAAGAUUAACUACAAGAACUCUGGAGAUGGCUGCCAGAAAGUGGACCUGUCACUGCGGAAACUACGUUUCCACAUUUGUCCGACGUAUUUGAACUCUCUUAUACGCUUUCUCAGUGGUUCCAUUGAAACAAGUUAUACAUCAACUGUGGAUGGCAUGAACACUUCAAGCUUAGCAACUGCACAAGACUCAAAACCUUCUUUCUUGUUACCCACGGAUGCAUCUAACCUUACUGUGAGCUGCAAAAUUGCAGAUCCAGAAAUUGUAUUCUUUUCAAAUCCAGAAAAACGGACUUGUCCUAUUCUUGUUUUAAAGGCUGGUAUGAGGAUUGAUUAUUUCUAUUUUAACUUACGUGAAGAAAUUCAAGUGGAUAUACAGAAAAUGCAGUUAAUAUCUUGCUAUUAUGGUCAAUUUGAUGAUAGUUCUAACAAGAUAAUUUACCCAAGUGACAUAACAUUUGGCAGAGUGAAUGAUUACCAGGAGAAACUGACAGAAGUAAAUGUCCAAAUUGAUAAGAUUUAUUUACACUUAUCUGCUUCAGUGAUUAAUUUAGUGCAAAGUGUAUUGGAAAGUUACCCGUCCUGGAGAACCAAAACUAAGAAAGAAAACUUCACCCCACCCGUAACUCAUCAGCCGUUAACUAAUCUCUGGGAUGUACAGAAAGUUUCUUCAGAAAAAUGGCUGGAAUUCACUGCUAUUAGAGGGGAUACAGGCUGCAGUGAAAAGAAAAUUGUUUCAAAUGGUUUUACGGAAAAAUUCAAUAUUGCCAUUAAUGAACUUGAUCUUGUAUUUGAAGUUGAAAACCAGGAUAAUGAAAUCCCUAUUUUGUACCUGAAAUCUUCAUUAGAUGCUAAGAUGAAAAACCUUUCAAGCCAGUUACAAUUACAGUCUGAAAUCAACCUCGAGCUUGCUUACUUCAAUGAAAAGCUAAGUGUUUGGGAGCCGUUGGUUGAACCAGUAAUGGAGAAAGAAAAUAUGUACCGACCAUGGGAAUUACAAAUCAAGAUGGUGCAAGCUGCCAGCCAACCAAUCACCACCAGCUAUGAAGAGACUAGGAUGGAUAUUGCUGAUGGCUUUGAUGAAGAUCUGCAUAAUAACCUACAAAAAAGCCGUGUCAAGUCCAGUAGUUCAGAAUCAGAGACUGAUUCCAAUACAGAAAUGACAGUUAUCAGACGGAAACCAUCAAAGAAAAAGAGGCUUACUAGUGAAAGAAGUUUUGAUACAGUGAGUCAUCAGAGCAGUAUCCAGGGUGAAUCCGACUCAGAGCCUGAGACUUUUAUCCAUAAUAUAACAAAUAAACUAGGUAACAUUUUCUCUAGUGAUAGUAGCGAGGCUGAUGUCAGCGAAACAGAUGAUAACGAUGAAGCAUUUGACCCUUCUCUCAACGAUCCAGUAUUCAUGACCUCCAAAGGACUUAUACAUGCUGGCAUGAGCGGUUCCUUAUCGGAUGAAGUUGAUGGGCAGCUCCAUGAAGACAAUGAGACAAGUGUAUGUAACUACAUCAUCAUAAACUCCAAGGAUGUUUUCCAACUGAAUGUAACACCAGCUGCCAUUAGUGUAAUUAGUGAUGUCUAUGAGGCCUUGAUGUCCCCCACAGCUUCAGAUAUUACACUGGUGAGGGAACUCCCUGCUUUACAAGUCAUCAAUGAACUUGGUUGUCAUGCUGUUGUGACACUGCAUCAUUCUGUCAAGAAUCCUGAAGAAAAAGUCCAAGGCUGUUCAGUGAUUCAGAAAAAGAAUGCUAAUGGUACAGAAGAAAAAAAAGUGAUCACUUCUCCAGAUUGGACAACCUCUCCAGAUGAUGAUGAAAUCGAUGGUUUAAGUUUCCUGCCCAAGGCAUUGUCAAACAUUGGUAAUAUGGUAAAGCUGUUCCCAAUACAACCAUUCCCUGAUACUUUUGAUUAUGCAACAACUGAGAAUCUUGACAAGAAUCAGAUGACAUUGCAAUUUGAUGGCUUUGACCCAAUGACACUCUCUUAUGCCAGAGCAUGUCACAAACUAAUACCCAUGCAACCAGUUAAGAACAACACAAAAUACUGCUUUGUCUGGGAUGUAGACAUAUCUCAUGGAAGGAAGCUCGUUAAAGUCAGCUCUCCUCUCAAGAUCCAAAACAAUUUAACCAUGGCCUUAGAUGUCUUCUGUAAAUCUCAGGCUCUGAAAGCCAUCCCAGAACUGGCCAUAAAAGCUGAAAUGGAUGAUGAUAAAGGCUUCGUGAAGCUGACCACUGUUGCUUGUGGAGAGAGUUUCCAAAUACCUUUGCUCAUUGCCUACCACUGUGAACUCUUUGUUUCACCUGUUGAUUUAUUCUUCCCAAAGACUGAAAAUGGCAUUUGGUGGAAAGACCUUAUACAAAUGAAGGACCGCAGUAAACACUAUUCUUGUGUACCAACUGGACUUGCCCGACCUUUCACUAUAAAAGUAACCUGCAAGGACCAGGAAACCCUGUAUCCAUCCCAGACACUACCCAAAAGUAUCCCCUACUAUAUCCUCCACAUGAAUCCACCAGUUGUUUUACAUAAUUUGUUACCAUAUGAUGUGCAGUUUUCUCUGGAGGGUACCAACUCCUACAGUAGUUUAACCCAUGGUGAGAUGACACCUCUGUACACUGUGGAUGUUACCAAAAUGCAGAAAUUGUCCUUGCAGAUAACUGAUUACCUGUCUUGUGACUGGAGUGGGAACCUAGACAUUGGCAAUGAUAUGGAAGAGUUCAAAGCUAUUUCUAUGGAAACAGAGACUGAUAUGGAAUCAAGUGAGAAAUAUCUGAGCAUCAGUAUCCAUUCUGUUCAGUCUUUGACUCAUGAUCUUCGCAUCUAUUCCCCUUAUUGGAUCAUGAAUAAAACAGAUUUUCCUGUUUUGCUGCGGGGCACUGGUUCAGAUGCUGUUUUUGAGUGCAGUCCAUUAGGUGUUCCAGUAUUAUUCAGAUACAAAAAACACAGGAGAAAAAAGGCCAAAUUACAAGUUUAUGAUUCUAAAUGGUCACAGUCUUUCUCCAUGGAUACAGUCAACAGUGCUGGUGUCAUUAUUUGCAAUGAUAAAGAGAGAAAUCGCAAAUACCAGUUUAUGAUGCAAGUCCAGUUGUCAAAAAUGAAAUUAACCAAAAUUGUGACAAUCAUGCCCUACUUUUUAAUCAUGAACAAUUCACAUUCAAGACUUCGAUUUAUGGAAGACAAUGAAGUCGCAGAUCUUUGGUUUGAUUUACCUCCCAAGGAAUGUGUACCAUAUUGGCCCAUAACAGAUUCCUACAGGAUUUUUGUGAAAUACGACCAUGGCAAAGCAAUUUCUCCACACAUUCCUAUCAAGACCAUACACAGCACAGUAUUACGUAUGGAAAAUGGGACUGGUCUUUGUGUUGAAGUUAGUGGAGGCACCCAAACUCCCAUCUGUAUUUCCUUCUCAGAUUAUUUCCUUGGUGGAGCACCUGUCCGCAUAGAAAACUUGUGUGAUGACAUUUUCAUCAAAAUUCACCAGAAGAAUCAGAGUCAGGUGACUUUGUUGUCACCCAAUCAGGCCAUCUUAUAUACGUGGGAUGAUCCUGCUGCAGAGAGAACAUUAAUGUGGAAUGUGUAUGGAGGUAAAAGACCAAGUUUUCCUGCUGCCAUUUCAAAGGAUGGUUAUGGAAAUGUCCACCUGAGAGUACAGUCCCUCUCUAUGAGAGUUGAUUCUGUGGAUGGUUAUGAAUUACCAGAGAGUAGCACUGAAGAUGACAGUGAUGAACCUGAUGCCAUGACCACCUCAUUCACGGAUUCCUUCUAUGGGAAAACACGAAGUGACAAAGUCGUCAUAUACUGGAUGUCAUUCUUAGAUGGCCAUCAACGUGUGCUGCUCUUUACUCGAGACGAACGAGUGGCACAAGCAGUGAGACAAGUUAGUUAA